ACAAAUUUGCUGAAACUUCCAAAUUUCAUCAUUUCCCCAAUUCCCCCAAUUCCCUGUUGUCCAAACCCCCAAACCCUAAAAGACGAAAAUUCAAAUCUAUGAAAAAGAUUCAAACCCUCUCAACCCGAGUCAUCUUCAAAACCCUGAACUUUCAAUUUUUCUAACCAAAAUUCAUAAUUUCCCGCUAAUUUAAGCCCUAGGGUUGAUAUUUCAGUGAAAUCAUGGACGAAAAAGUCGCAAAAUGGAUCAUAGAAUUCCUGUUGCGAAAACCAAUUGACGAGAAAAUCAUCAAUGGCGUACUCUCAUGUCUCCCUCUUUCCAACAACGAUAAACGGUUGAAGAAGACGAUUUUGCUGCGGAAAAUUGAAUCGGCGAUUUCAGAUGGUUCAGUGUCCGAGAAGCUUCUAGAAUUACUUGAAAUGGUCGAUGAAUUGAAUCACGGGGCGGGUAAAACGGUGCCGGAUUCUAUGAAAAGGGCGUAUUGUGCGGUUGCGGUGGAUUGUACGGUGAGGUUUCUGGAGGAAAAUGUGGAGGAGAACGGGAAGUAUUUCGAAGCGGUGGAGAGAGUUUGGAGGGAUAGGGUUUGCAAAGUGGAAAGUUUGGUGUCGGAAGAAUUAAACCGGUGGCUAGAGGAUAUUGAAGCUGCGGUUUGGGAUUCUAGUGUUUGUGAGAAGAUUUUGAUGAGGAAUACCAGGAAUGAAGCUUUAAGGGCUGUUAAAAGGUAUUUGAAGGAAGCUUGGGAGAGUAUGGGACCGUCAUUUCUUGAAUUGGUGGCUUUGAAGGUAGGGAAUGAUGUGGGGGAGCUAUGUCGAAGCGAGGGUGGUGGUGGUGGUGAUGGUGGUGGUGGUGGUGGUAGUGGUAGUAGUGGUGGUGGUGGUAGUGGUGGGGUGGUGGGUUCGGAUAAUCCGUGCCGCACAUUGAUUGAUCCUCAAGUAGGAUUAGUGGAAAGCCAGGCUUUUAAUCGGCGGAAACAUGUUGCAGUUAAGACUAGGCGUCCCAGAGGCAUAAAGAUUUUUGAUGCUGUUGAAGCAGCAGAAACAUCUAUGAACACGGCCAAUGAUAUCCAAACCCGUGAAAUGGACAAAGUUCAAGAAACACUUCAACCCAGCUCCACGCAGCAGCAUGGUGCUGCGAAUGAUUCUCAUCCUAGCACUUCUCGAACUGCUCAUAAUUUAUCAUGUGGAAAGAACAAUGAUGCCCCUAUCUACAAAAUGGACAAAGUUCAAGAAGCACUUCAACCCAGUUCCACGCAGCUGCAUGGUGCUGUGAAUGAUUCUCAUCCUAGCACUUCUCGAACCGCUCGUAAUUUGUCAUGUGGAAAAGACAAUGAUGCCCCUAUCUUCAAAAUGGACAAAGUUCAAGAAGCACUUGAAUCCAAUUCCUUUCAUCUGCAUGCUGAUGUGAGUGAUUCUCAUCUUGAUCCUCUUGAAGCAGUUCAUAAUAUGUCAGUAACUAAGGUGACAGACAACAUGAGUAAUUUGAAUGCUAUAAAAAAGCAGACAACACAUGAAACGCCCGAAGUGAGAAGAGUGCAGGAAGCACUUAAUUUCAGUGCUAGGGAGCUGCAUGAGGCUGUCACAGAUCCUCUUCCUGAAGCUCUUGAAAUAGCUAAGACCUUGUCUUCUGCAGUUGGUGCUACUUUAAACCAUGGUACUGGUCAUGUGACAGGUGUAGAAAACCAAAACACGAGCAAUGAUGAUGUGUUAGAAAACCAAACCACUAGCAAUGAUGAUGUGUUAGAAAACCAAAACACGGGCAAUGAUGGUGUGUUUGAAAACCACAACACGGGCAGUGAUACUGUGUUUGAAAACCACAACACGGGCAAUGAUGCUGUGUUAGAAAACCAAAACACGGGCAAUGAUGCUGUGUUAGAAAACCGAAACACGGGCAAUGAUGAUGUGUUAGAAAACCAGAUACAACCACCAGUUAUCCAUGCAACUGAGAAGAACACUGAGAAUGUAGAGGAGGAGAUGCCCGAGCUUGCAGGAGAUGCACAAGGCAACAAUGAGACUGAUGAUCCGAAGAAACAGCAUAGAAGUAAGCGUAGUUUGAUGGAGGCUAAUGGAACUAGUCAUACAUUUGAAUGGGAUGAUUCAAUUGAUAAUGUGAACAGAGGUAGUGAGCUACACUUACCUCCUAGUCCAAAGAGGAGUAAGGUAACCCCUUUGGAGCAGUAUGAAGAUAAACCAAAACCAAAACCUCAACCUCUCAUCAAAGGAAGAAAGAAAUGGAGUGUGGAAGAAGAGGAUACGUUGAGGGUUGCAGUAAAGGAGUUGGGCAGGAACUGGAAAUUGAUCUUGCAAUGUCAUGGUGAUGCAUUUGAGGGAAGAAGUAAUGUAGAUUUGAAAGAUAAAUGGAGGAACAUGCUUAGAAGUCAGCUGUGAUGGUGUUUUGAGGCAAGGCUUUUAGAUCUAAUCCUAUGUGAUAUCCCCUGUUUUUGUUGUUAAUAUGUAGUUAUUUUGUCCCUGUAAAUGGUUUUUGUAUAUGGAACUAACCCUUUUUAGCUGAUCUGCUGGUCAAGUAUAAAAGUAAUGUUACCAUAUUUGGCAAGCAAAAAGCUUUAUUCUUCA